UGCACUUCACAUGAGUUUGAGAGUGGAAAAAAAACAAGUGACCACCCUCGCCCUGCCGUCCCGCUCAAACCAGUUGGAGGUCAGGUACUCAGCUGGGCCUCUGCUCCAAAUACCAUUAUGUCCCGAGCAAUGGAACUUCGCCCCGUGCUCAUCCUGAUCCUUUCUUGUACCGCAGCGGCCGCUCAAGUGCUUCAAUUUCUGAAACCGCCCAGCGCGGUCGUCGGACAGACAGUGACUCUUUACUGCUCGUUCCCGCUCUUCCGAAAUCCAGAAAAAAUCACGGUGCACUGGUGGAAAGACGGCGACCGCGAAUUUUUGAGCUCGAAACAGGAUUCCAGGAGAGAGUUCCAGAUUGAGAGCAAAGCCAGCGCCAUUCUGCGCAUUCACAAUGUGCGUUUUGGAGACGCCGGCGUCUACUAUUGCAGAGUGCAGGGUGAACAUACUGGAAAUGGGACUGGCAAACGGCUGGAUGUAAGCGCUUCUCCACAUCCUCUGAAGAUUAUUCCAAAGUUUUCUGCGGAUGGCUUUCUAACAUGUAUAUGUAAAACAUCUGCAUUCUAUCCUGAUAAUUACACGAUUGCUUGGCGUAAAAAUGGUCAAAAUGUUGGAACGGGAAUAAAGACAUCCAGAGCGAAGAACACUGAGGGACUUUAUGAAGUUACCAGUUAUUUGGUAGAAACACAGCCAGUUCAUACUGGAACUGUUUAUGUCUGUGAGGUAUCUCACACUACCCUCAAGGAUCCAACUAGGACCAAUUACACAGUUGAUAUUCCAGAUCGCAGUAUCAGUGAAUCUUUUCCUUGGUGGAUCUACAUCUGUAUAGCAAUAUCUUCACUGCUUCUGAUUAUUAUUGUGGUGGUCAUUUGUUGUAAAUGCUGUAAACGUAAAGGUCCUAAAGGCAAUUCUCAAACGAGACAAUGUGUUCGAUGCUAUGAGCCAAUACCAAUGAAUUCCAUAUGCAAAGAACAAGGAUUAAGAAAAGACAAUCAUUCAACGCCAGCUGUGAACCCAAGAGCUGGACGAAAUGUUAAUGGAACUGCAUCAAAACACAAGAAACACCGUAAGAAGGAGAGGGGCCUUGAGUGUCCUUGAUGGUUAAAGAAGCAAUCUGAAAUGUAUUUUAUAAUGACCAUAGGUUCUCUUUGGAGAGCACCAAUAUUGUUAUGGGCAGCAUAUGUGUAUAAAUGAGGUUAUGAGAUAAUCCAAGGGAGUUGCAAAGUCAGAAAGUUUCUGUUUUUAACUAUUUGUUAACUCACUAAACAUUAAUUUUCUUCUCUAAGCUAAUAUCUCCAAAUUGAUAAUACCCUUAUCUCUGAUCAAUUUUGGUAAUUAGGCCAACAUCUUCACUGGAUGUCCACAGUUUUCUGUAAUCAUUGUGAGUUUGUUCUUUUUUUUGAAGGAACCCCAUAUUUAGGAAAGUACAACAAACAGAAAUCUAAUUUAAUGCUUGUUCCCCAGCCAUACUCAUUCUGUAUAUCUUCAGUGUCCAUUCUUCAAAAGGUUAUAGAAUAAAUUGCCUCAUUCAUAUCCAGGAUACAGAGUGCAAAUCCACCAUUGAUAGCCUGUAAAUAAAAUUUCAUUCUUUAUUCAUUACUCCUUCUGUGGAAUUCAAGCACAUAUUCGCCACUGCUUUCGAUGAUUUGGGAAUUGUUUGAUAAUUUGAAAUAGGUGAUAGGCAAGCUGGCCUGCCAAUUCCCUACCUCAAUUUAUAUUUACCCAGACGGAAGAGAAUACAAGUAAGAGCUUCUACAGGUUUUGAUAAAGGAAAACAAAGUCAGUGAAGCAUAUGUUGGUCCUCUAGUAAUUGAGAAUUAGGAGUUAACAGUUGAUAUUAAGGAAAUAUUGAUCAAAAUUAACAAUUAUUUUGCUUCUAAAUUCACUUUAGAGGAUAAAGAAAGUGUUGCAGUAAUAGCUGUUAAUCAGAAGGUGAAGAGAAGACGGGAACUUCAUGAAGUUACAAUUACAAAGGAGUCAGUGAUGAGAAAACUGUUAGAGCUGUAGGUUGAUAAGGCUUGGAUUUCAUCCUGGGGUCUUAAAAGUGGAGGUUAAUGAGGAAGUUGGUGUGUUUGUGAUAGUUUUUUAGAAUUCUCAAGAUUCUGGAAAAUUCAUUGGACUAGAAAGUAACAAACAAAAUGCCUGUACUCAAGAAGGGAGAAAGGCAGAGAAAGCUGGAACUACUGGCCAGUUAGCUUGACAUCCAUCAUGGAAGAUGAUGUUACAGUACAUCAUCAAGGAGAUUAUAGCUGGGAAAUUAGGAAAACACAGGAUAAUACAUGAAAAUGACGUUGGCUUUGUGAAUUAAUUUAUUGGAGUUCUUUAAAGCAGUAAUAUGACUGUGGAUUAAAAAAACUACCCAUUGAUGUACUUGGAUUUCCAGAAGGAGGUUGGCCAUGUGCCACAAAAAAAUUCUUGGGUGAAGUAAGAAUGAAUUUUAUAGUGAUUACAUCGAUGGCUAAUGCGGAUAGAAGAUGAGGAGCUGGCAGACAAAAAAAUAGAGAAUGCUUUCAUGCAUCUUUUUCUGAUUGGCUGGAGUGGGGUUCUGUAUUAGUUUAUGCUGGCACUUGAUCUUUUUACAGUUCAUUUCAAUGACUUAGAUGAGGGAAGUGAAAAUCUAAUAGUUAUGUUUGCAUGUGACAUAAAGAUAUUCAUAAAACCAUGUUGUAAAGAGGAUAUAAGGAACAUGCAAUCAGAAAUUCAUACUUCGAGUGAGUGGGCAAGAAUCUGACAGAUGGAGGAGAAUGUGCAAAAAUGUGAAGUUGGCAGGUAGAAUUCUUUUGUAAAAAAUGCGAUGUUCUAUUUAAAUGGAGAAUGACUGGAGAAUUCUGACAUGGGGAUGGAUUUAGAUGCCCUAAUAUGAGUCAUAAAGUCAGUUUGCAGGUACAGCAAGUAAUUAAGACUAACAGAAUGCUAUCCUGAAAAACUUAACAUUAAAUAAGAAUGUUAUGCUUCAGUUACUCAGGGUAUUGCUGAGACCACAUUUUAACAUCAUGUGUAGUUUUGGUCCCUUUAUUUGAGGAUGUCAGAAUGUUGAAAAUAUAAAUGUAUUGGACAUAGUUCAAUGGAGAUAUACUAGCUUGAUAUCUUGAAUGGCCACAUUGUCUUGUACAGUUACAUUCGACAGGCAGCACUUGUUUUCACUGAAGUUUUGAAGAGUGAGGGUAACUUGAUUGAAGAUGAUUUAUUUUCCUUGAGUUCUUGUUCAGCAACUUUUGUAAUCUCAGCCUUAAAAAGUAAUCAAACCAGGACCACUGGAGUUUUUUUAUGGCACUUCUGAAGAAGGGUCUAGGCCCGACACGUCAGCUUUCCUGCUCCUAUGAUGCUGCUUGGCCUGCUGUGUUCAUCCAGCUCUACAUCUUGUUAUCUCAGAUUCUCCAGCAUCUGCAGUUCCUACCAUCUCUGAGGCAUAUUAACUUGGCACAGUCAAGAUGGAUUAAGUUUUUUUUCUCUUUCUGUAUCACAAAC